AUCGCUGGACACCGCGUGGUACGCCCUCACUCCAGACCUGGGCGUGCACCCACACAUCCUGUCGGAGGGCCACCUCUCAGGCUUCGUGGCUCUGAAAGAUGACGGGUCGCCGAUGACAGAGACGGCUUUUGGGCGCCGGUGGGGGGCAGCGAGUGCGGCAUACGGCGCCGAGUGGGAGCCGACCGCGCUCGAGGUGUGCGAAGCCCUGGAGGCGGUGAGGCCAGGUUGCUUGUCCCUCCAGGACGGCGAGAAGCCCUCCAGGCGCAUCACGGGGAAGGUCCACUUGCCCGCCAACGACGGGCUGAGCUGGUACGUGCUGGCAGGGGAGAACCCGACGGAGCUUAGGCAGGCGGUGCGCCACCACGACUUCGACGGAUACCUGGUUGCGGGGAAGGUUGGCAUCGCCACGCGGGGCGCCGACACCAUGCUGGUGAAGGCCGUGGACCCCUCGUCGCCUGGCCCGGAGCUGGAGACCGACGCGCGGGUGCUGGACAUCAAGACCAGGCCCGACGGCAGUCGGCAUCGUCACUUCACCGAGGCCGCCCGCCUGGUGUCGACCACGGAGUGGGCUGAGUGGCCCAUCAUGGGCCCGAGGACGGCUGCCUGGCGCCUGGAGUUUCUAGCUCGCCAGGACCAGCAUCCUCGGGCCCGAAACGCGAAGUGGGUCCACGAGUGCAGGCUGGGGGCCACGGAUGAGGGCGUCGGAGACCACGACCUCGCCAUGCGCAUGGCGGAGCUUGGCCUCAACUUCGAUCAGCUGAACCUGGGUGAGCUCGCCUCCUUCGAGCUCUUGAUGCGGAAGGCCCAGAUGGCUGAAUGGCGGCAUCGUGAUCGCCUUGCGGCCGUCCAGGGUGACGACCUGAUGGAGGAGAGCUACCUCUACCUUGGCACGGGUGAGACCCGUGGGCUGGUGAUGGUCGCGCCGGCGCUGGUCGACCACAUCAGCUCGGAGAUGCAUCGCGAGGCUCAGAUCCUCAAGGAACGUCGCAAGGCGAAGGAGGAGAGGAUGCUCUCACGAGGCGGCGGCAGCGGUGCAGCUGGGUCCAAGGCGGAGCUCCAGAAGAAGAUCUAG